AUGAAUAAAUGGAGUGCUGGAGGAACUUGGAGAUUUGGACCAAUCCCAGAAAGGACAGUGACAGCCCAUUUGGGCCGAUCUGAAGACCUGGUCCCCGGGCCGCCCUCCGCGUGCUCCUGGGCCUGGGAUUCUCCGGAACCCCCGCGGGCGGGGCCUGCCUUCCGGAGCUGGGUUGGUGGAGGGCGGGAGGCGGGCCGCGCCGGGGAAGGGGCCGUUACUUUCCCAGAGUGGCGGGGCGACGUCCGGCGGAAGGGCGCGGGGCGCGCACGCUUUAAAUGGCAUUCGCUGUCAUCGGAGCUCACAGCCGUGUGGGCAGGAGCGGGCUAUAUAAGCUGCGGGCUGGGCCACCGCGGGGCAGACAGCUACGGCAGCGGCGGCGUGCGUCUCGGAGUGCGGCAGAGCAGCGACCCCAGAGUCCCUUGCCCCCCGACGGGCCCCCCGCCACCGCCCUCCCGAGGAACGCCGGCUCGGGCCCGUGAGGGCCGCCGCCACCCCGCAGCAGAUUUGGAUCCCCCGCCCGGCGAGCCCCAGGCGGCUGCCUCCCGGGGGGCCCCGGCGCAGCGGCCGCCCGCGGAGAGCCCCAGCACCCCAAAGCCCGACCCUGCAGACGCCGGCAGCGCCAUGACAGCCGCCAAGUCCGGUGAACUGAUGGGCAUCUGCUCCAACUACCAGGCGGUGAUGCCGCACUUCGUGUGCCUGGCCGACGAAUUCCCGCAACCCGUGCGGCCCGCGAAGCUGUCCAAAGGGAAGGGUCGGCUGCGGCGGCCGCGCCAGUCCCGGUUCAAGACGCAGCCGGUGACCUUCGACGAGAUCCAGGAGGUGGAGGAGGAGGGAGUGUCCCCCAUGGAGGAAGAGAAGGCCAAGAAAUCGUUCCUGCAGAGUCUGGAAUGCCUGCGCCGCAGCACGCAGAGCCUGUCGCUGCAGAGGGACCAGCUCAGCAGCUGCAAACUGAGGAACAGCCUAGACUCCAGCGAUUCCGACUCGGCCCUGUGA